AACACGGAACCUUUGUUUCCUUGUUGUGGGGAGUAAAACACUGUUACACCCAUAUAGUUGUGUUGAAAGUUAGGAUACUGCGUUUGAAUAAAAAGUAAUGCUAAAUUGUUGUCAGCCAAUGCGUUUAACGUGUUAAUGUAUUAAGCUAGAGCUUCUAGUGUUUAAUGAGUGAGUUAGCAAAUGGCGCUAAAACACUUUUCGACAUUGACGUCAAUGUUAACGGCUUCUUUUCGCAGUAAAACAUUUGGACAUGCGAUAAAAACGAGUUUGUUUCCAGUUAAGUCCUACAGCAGUGCAACGGGAGGUGAACACUCAGAAACAGUUGUGGGACAGACCGUGGUCACAGAGCGCAGAGGGGCUGUGGUUUCCGUGGCAAUAAACCGUCCCGAGGUGCGUAAUGCGGUGAACCAGGAAACGGCAAGGCGUCUGCUGGAGGAGCUGGAGGCCUUCGACCGGAACCCAGACUUAAACGUGGCUGUCCUGCAUGGGAAAGGAGGGAAUUUCUGCGCUGGUUAUGAUCUGAAAGAGCUGGCCAAUCACACAGCCUCCCUCAAAUUGGAGCAAGAUGUCACCAAGGGUCCCGGUCCGAUGGGUCCGUCCCGCCUGCAGCUGUCGAAGCCGCUGAUAGCAGCCAUCAGUGGCUUCGCGGUGGCUGGAGGCCUGGAGCUGGCUCUGCUGGCAGACCUGAGGCUGGUGGAGGAGAGCGCCGUCAUGGGGGUGUUCUGUCGCAGGUUUGGAGUUCCCCUGAUCGAUGGAGGCACAGUGCGGCUCCCGCGUCUCAUUGGACUGUCUCGAGCACUCGACUUGAUUCUGACUGGACGACCAAUCGGAGCGCAGGAGGCUCUCGCCUACGGAUUGGCUAACAGAGUUGUUCCUGAUGGCCAAGCUUUGCAGGCAGCGCUGCAGUUAGCAGAAGAGAUCAGCUGCUUCCCUCAGCAGUGUCUGCGGGCCGACCGCUCCUCAGCCGUCUACAGCUGCUACGAUGCGCCCUCUUUCACUCAGGCCAUGCAGUAUGAGAUGGACCACGGAAUUCCUGUCAUCCAAUCAGAAGCUGUCAGUGGGGCAGCCAGGUUCACGACGGGAACAGGAAGAGGAGGACAAUUCUCCUAGGAUUCAGUUUGAAGAGGCCUUGUGACUCUCAGGUGAUCUCUCACAACUCGCUGCUGCUCCACUGCUCUCCACAAAUGUUUUACGUGUCUGAUCGAUGCUGCAUUCAGAUAGCGUGUUAUCUUAGCAUUCUUCCUACAUUUCAAAUAUAGUGAGGUGAAUUUGUGUGUAUUUAAAAUGUUUAUCAUACUACUAUUUAGGUUCUGUGUGAGUUUAAACUGUGAUCAAUAAGCAUAGAAAAAGCAAAUAGA